AAUCCCUCACAAUAAAAACUUAUCGUUACUCGUCUAUUUAUAUUUUUGAAUUGUAUCCAAUAAUAAGAUGUAACCCUACCAUUUACUGCAUAAAUUGCAUUCUUCGUUAUAUAAAAAUCAUUUAGUUUACCGAAAAAUCGAUAAGAGCACGCCAUUUUGGUCAGUGUUAAACGAACAUAACCUGUUUCUCUUUCGUGCAUAUGGUUUAAUCGCGUUAGAUUAAUUUUCAACGCGAAAUUAUUACUUAAUACCGCUAUCUCUAAUUAAAUAGUUAUUUUUGUUAUUUUUGCUGGUUCGUUUCUCAUUCUGCGAAUAAUAAUAAUCGGACAUUCGUAGGGAACGUUGUGGUGUGUAAUUCUCGUUGAGCGGUAGUGAUUUUUUUGUAUAUCAGUAUAAUUAUUUGUUGAUUUUGUGACAUCACAUCGAUUAACGAUGUCUACUUCACGUAUAUUAUCUCCCUUUCAUAUUUAUGGGAAAUUUCAGCCGACUACGUCACUCUGUAGGCAGAAGUCAGCUGUUUGUGUCGGUUCGCGUACAGUGUUGGAAAAACACAACUUGAGAAGAAUGGCGACCUACCAGCCUACUUUAAAUAUCGAUAAUUUAAAUCCUUGUAUUAAGGUAAUGGAAUAUGCAGUUCGAGGACCUUUGGUCACCCGGGCCGGCGAAAUUGAGAAGGAAUUAGAAAAAGGUGUGAAAAAACCAUUCAAAGAAGUAAUUAAAGCUAACAUCGGUGAUUGUCAUGCUAUGGGCCAAGUCCCCAUCACUUUUAUCCGUCAAGUUCUAGCUUUAGUAGCAUAUCCGAAACUAUUGGACGAUCCCACGUUCCCGGAAGACGCGAAACAACGUGCGAAAACUAUUUUACAAGGAUGCAGAGGGAGCUCGGUAGGAUCUUAUACAGAUUCGCCGGGUAUUGAAAUUAUUAGGAAGCACGUAGCUCAGUACAUCGAAGAUAGGGAUGGUAUUCCAGCUGAUUGGCAAAAUAUUGUCGUAAGUGGAGGUGCUAGUGAUGCUAUUAAAAACGUGUUGAAACUUUUCAUAAACAAUAUAAAUGGGAAAAGUCCAGGGGUGAUGAUUCCGAUUCCGCAAUAUCCGUUAUAUUCAGCGACGUUAGCCGAGUUUAAAAUCGAACAAAUUGGUUACUACUUGGACGAAUCUAAAAAUUGGGGCCUCACAGUUGAAGAAUUACAGAGGUCUAUAAAUGAAGCAAGGAAGUAUUGUGCACCUAGAGCUAUAGUUAUUAUCAACCCCGGAAAUCCUACAGGUCAGGUUUUAACCAAAGAAAAUAUUCAAGAAAUCAUAAAAUUCGCCUACAAAGAACAACUAUUCAUCCUAGCCGACGAAGUAUACCAACACAACAUCUACGAUCCAAAUUCGAAAUUCCAUUCAUUUAAAAAGGUGAUGUUCGAAAUGGGCGAACCGUACAAGGACAUGGAAUUAGCUAGUUUCAUGUCGUGUUCUAAAGGAUACAUGGGUGAAUGUGGUCUGAGAGGCGGUUACGCUGAAGUAUUGAACAUGGAUCCCCACGUCAAAACGCAAUAUCUGAAAGCAAUCAGCGCUAUGUUAUGUUCGACUACUUUAGGUCAAUCUACGUUAGACGUUAUAAUGAAUCCCCCGAAAAAAGGAGAACCUAGUUACGAGUUGUUUAUGAAAGAAAAAAACGACGUUUUGGAAUCUCUCAAAUUGAGAGCUAAAAUGGUAGCGGAAACUUUUAAUUCAAUUGAAGGUUACAGUUGUAAUCCUGUCCAAGGCGCCAUGUACGCCUUUCCUCAGAUUAGAUUACCGCCUAAAGCUAUAGAAGCGGCUAAGAGGAAAUCUUUAGCGCCGGAUUCGUUUUACGCUUUCGAACUACUAGAAUCCACUGGUAUUUGCAUAGUACCGGGUUCCGGAUUUGGACAAAAACCUGGUACUCAUCAUUUCAGAACUACCAUUUUACCGCAGCCGGAUAAAUUGAAGACCAUGUUGAAUAAAUUCGCCGAGUUCCAUUCGGAAUUUUUGAAAAAGUAUAGUUAAGAUAAAAAUGUAACGAAAGUGGUAUUUAACUGUGAUCAAUCGUUACGGUUUCGGACAAGAUCCAUCAGGGAAACUUUAUUAUUGAACAAAAUCGGUUUUUGUAGCUUUUACCUCGUCAGGUUUGUAGAAGAAUGUAAAAAACAAUGGAGAACGUCAUUUAUUACUAAUUUUAUUCAACUGUAUAUGACCCAAAUUAAAUAUUAAUCGAACGAAACUUUAGGAGAUCUAGUGUGUACAGGAGGAGUAUUGAAUACAAUUUUUGGGAUUAUGUUGAAACUUAUGGACAAAAUGUAACUAAUUCAAUAGGCAACUCUAGCAAAGUAAAUCCGAAGAGAUGUAUUUGAACUAAUAGAUGGAUUCAUUUGAAGAAUUUCCAAAAAAGUGGAUAAUUUUGUUAAUAUAUGCAUUCAUGAAGCCCCUAGGGAAAUGUAACCAAUCUAAUAGGCAAAUAUAUCGUAAAAAGCUUAUUCGAAUCAAUGUUGACAAAUUUAUUGAAGAUUUUCUAUGAAAAAAUGAACAAUUAAAUCAAUUUGUUCAUUGGAUACAUUAUUUAUGAAUCCCAGGGAGGUGUAACCAAUCUAAUAGGGCAAUUAUACUGUAAAAAGAUUAUUAAAAUGAGUCGAGUGAGACGAAUUUAUUGAAGAAUGAAAAA